CACAUGGACAGUUCUGUUUCUGUCUGCCAACUCGGCUAACAAACACACGAUGAACUAUCCUAUCGGUGAAAUUAUCGGUGAAGUUUAAACUGCAACCCAAACAGACUUAUUGUGUUACUGCAAAUCACUGUUUGCAAAUCUUAUGUGUAAAAUACAAAUUGUAUCGCAUGUCAAUGCGUAAAUAUUCGUCAUAGCAAUCAAAAAUGAAGAAAUACGUCGCGAUAUGGGGAGGGAUGUUUUUCAUCGUCGCUAGUGUGUCGCUGUAUCUGAUGAUGGAGGCAGUGUCCACUAAUACUAGUUCAAGAUCACCGGAUAUUUUACAAUCUCAAGAAGUUGAUUCCAAAAUCCAGCGAAUCCAGACACAGAUUCAACGUAAUCAGAAUACAAUAAAAGAAAUCAAGGACCUAGUCGGACAGCUCUCUAAAGGUGGCGACAAAGACACCCUAGAAAAACUACAGAAAGUUCUAUCUGAGGCAGACGUGGACGUGAAAGCUGUGGACUUACCAAAACCAGUGAAUGCAGACAAAGGUUGGCUGCAUGGUUUGAUUGGUGACGGCUCUAAGAAAGAAACCGUUUAUCAGGCACUGCGAGGGGAGGUAACUGUGGCUGGAGAGAUGUGCAGUCUGGCAGACGAACCUAAUGUGGACUCGGAUGUAAAGACGUUACGGCUGAUGGAUCUGUUGCCAUUUGAUAAUCCCGACGGCGGUGUUUGGAAACAAGGCUGGCCCAUCACCUACCCAACGAACAAAUGGGGCGGAGAAAAGAAGUUAUAUGUGUUUGUGGUUCCUCACUCUCACAAUGAUCCAGGCUGGGUAAAGACAUUUGAUGAUUACUACCAGGGCCAAGUAAGACAGCUUCUCGAUAACAUGAUUAACAAACUAGAAGAGGAUCCACGCAGGAAGUUUAUCGAGACAGAGAUCUCCUUCUUUUCCACCUGGUGGCGCGACAUAAGCCAGGAUACACGAAAACGGGUCAAAAGGCUGGUAGACAAGGGUCAGCUGGAGAUAACAACGGGAGGCUGGGUGAUGACUGACGAAGCUAACACCCACUAUGCUGCCAUCGUGGAUCAGCUGAUCGAGGGCAACCAAUGGGUACACAAUAUACUAGGUGUGGAACCUAAGUCUGGCUGGGCCAUUGACCCCUUCGGCCACUCCCCGACCAUGGCCUACAUCCUCAAGCGGGCAGGACUCAACAACAUGUUGAUACAGCGCGUCCACUAUGCGGUCAAGAAACAACUCGCUAAAGACAAACAACUGGAGUUUAUGUGGAGGCAACACUGGGAUCAAGAGGGCAGCACGGACAUGAUGUGUCACCUGAUGCCGUUCUACUCGUACGACGUGCCUCACACGUGUGGGCCCGACCCUAAGAUAUGUUGUCAGUUUGACUUUGCUAGAAUGUCACCAAGCCGAUACAACUGUCCUUGGAAAAUAGCUCCCACAGCCAUCACCAGCAGCAACGUAGCCGAGAGGGCCAAGACAUUGGUGGACCAGUACCGUAAAAAGUCUGAGCUGUACCGCUCCGACGUCGUUCUGAUCCCACUAGGGGACGACUUCCGAUACGACAAAGAAGACGAAUGUGAACGCCAAUUCACCAACUAUCAAAAGCUGUUUGAUCAUAUGAACUCUUCGCCAGAGCUUGGAGUACAGGCCCAGUUUGGUACUCUGUCUGAUUACUUUAACAAGAUCUAUGAGUUGGGGAAGGUGGAGCGGGGUUCUCGCCCGCCGGACUUCCCUGUCUUGGCCGGAGACUUCUUCACUUACUCGGACCGUGACGACCAUUACUGGAGCGGUUACUACACAUCGCGACCGUUCUACAAAAGCCUAGACAGGAUCAUGGAGUACCAUGUAAGAGCUGCAGAAGUUGCCUUUACAUUGGCGCUUAGUUACAGUCGCGAGGCAGGUGUAACAAACUUCCCUCAGCAGAAGUUGAUGGAGAAAUUGGUUGGUGCUCGGAGAAAUCUUGGACUCUAUCAGCAUCACGACGGCAUCACGGGCACUGCUAAUGACUUUGUUGUUAUAGACUAUGGGGAAAGGGAAGUCUCAGACUCUAUCAGCAUUACUGGCACUGCUAAGGACUUUGUUGUAAUAGACUAUGGGACUAUGGGGAAAGACUAUGGAGAACGGGAAGUCUCAGACUCUAUCAGCAUUACUGGCACUGCUAAGGACUUUGUUGUAACAGACUAUGGAGAACGGGAAGUCUCAGACUCUAUCAGCAUUACUGGCACUGCUAAGGACUUUGUUGUAAUAAACUAUGGGGAAAGCAUUACUGGCACUGCUAAGGACUUUGUUGUAACAGACUAUGGAGAACGGGAAGUCUCAGACUCUAUCAGCAUUACUGGCACUGCUAAGGACUUUGUUGUAACAGACUAUGGAGAACGGGAAGUCUCAGACUCUAUCAGCAUUACUGGCACUGCUAAGGACUUUGUUGUAAUAGACUAUGGGGUAAGACUAUGGGGAAAGGUAAGUCUCGGACUCUAUCAGCAUCAUGACGGCAUCACAGGCACUGCUAAGGACAUUGUUGUAAUAGACUAUGGGGAAAGCAUCACUGGCACUGCUAAGGCCUUUGUUGUUAUAGACUAUGGGGAAAGGUACGUCUCAGACUCUAUCAGCAUCACUGGCACUGCUAAGGCCUUUGUUGUUAUAGACUAUGGGGAAAGACUAUGGGGAAAGACUAUGGGGAAAGGUAAGCCUCAGACUCUAUCAGCAUCACACUUUGUUGUAAUAGACUAUGGGGAACGACUAUGGGGAAAGGUAAGUCUCGGACUCUAUCAACAUCUCGACGGCAUCACUGGCACUGCUAAGGACUUUUUUGUUAUAGACUAUGGGGAAAGACUAUGGGGAACGGUAAGUCUCGGACUCUAUCAGCAUCAUGACGGCAUCACGGGCACUGCUAAGGACUUUGUUGUUAUAGACUAUGGGAAAGACUAUGGGGAACGACUAUGGGGAAAGACUAUGGGGAAAGGUAAUGAACAUCAACAGAUACAGUUAAUAAAGAUCACCCUCACAACAUUACUAUGGGGAAAGGUAAGUCUCAGACUCUAUCAGCAUCACGACGGCAUCUCGGGAAUUGCUAAGGACUUUGUUGUUAUAGACUAUGGGGAAAGGAUGUUGAAGGGUGUGAUGGAUUGUAAAACCAUCAUUGUGGAGGCAGCAAGUUUUCUGAUGCUGGAGAAUAAGAAAGAUUACAAGUACCCCAAGGAACCUCUGUUUAGCCUGGAUGAAGACAGAAAGUCUCACGACUCUCUACCUGAGAGGACUGUGCUGGAUGUUACAGAGGUGACCAGCUCAGUUCUCUUCUACAACUCGCUUGGUCAUGAGAGGGAGCAAGUGGUGGCAGUGUAUGUUACCUCCCCUUUCAUAGAGGUCCAGACACCAGGUGGCACCACUGUGCAGGCACAAGUAGACCCUAUAUGGGAGUCACCAACUAUCAUGGUUUCAAAGAAAUUCAAGGUGUGGUUUGUGGUUCGGGUGCCAGCCCUAGGGAUUGCCCGAUACACACUGAGGAAGGUUCAGCCUGAGGCCAUUAAGAUGACCUCCCAUGCCUCCAUUGGGGUGAUGAAUGUCGUCAUCACCGACCCCAAGGAAACAUUCCCUUUCACGAUGACAAUGGAAAAGCCAGAAGAUAUUAUGCUGGAAAAUUCUAAUUUGAAAGCUCACAUUAGUGGAAAAACUGGAUUUCUACAGAGUGUGACGACCAAGUCUGACGACAAGACUCACGAGGCUGAAGUGGCUUUCCUGAAGUACGGCACGCGUGGAUCUAAGGAGAAGAGUGGGGCGUACCUGUUUAUGCCCGACGGUCAUGGGAAGCCACUGAACGGCGUGAUCCCGGUAAUGAGAGUGAUGCGAGGAUCUGUUGUGUCUGAGGUAACCGUCUAUACCCGCCAUGUUCAGCACACACUACGAGUAUACAACUCACCAGGUACUGACGGAAUGGUGAUUGACAUGUCAAACCUUGUUGACAUCAGAAAGGAGAUGAACUUUGAACUGGCAGUGUCUAUAGCUACAGAUGUUGAUAACACAGACCGGGAGUUCUACACUGACCUCAAUGGUUUCCAGAUGUUGAAACACAAGACCUAUGACAAGUUACCCCUCCAGGCCAAUGUGUACCCGAUGCCCGCCAUGGCUUACAUUGAGGAUGAUAGGACUCGCUUCAGUGUCCUAUCAGCCCAGAGCCUGGGUGUCGCCUGUCAUUUCAAAGGUGACAUUGUGGUGAUGUUGGAUCGUCGCCUCAACCAAGAUGACAACCGAGGCCUCGGACAGGGUGUGAGAGACAACAAACUCACCCCCAACAGAUUCUACUUAUUGUUUGAGAACCGCAAAUCUCCAAAGCCCAAGGAUAAGAUGAUCGGUUACCCGUCUCUCCAAGCACAUGUUUCCUACCUCCACCUCACACAUCCAAUUUUCAUCUCUCCGGAAAACCCGGAUGCAAUGACUCAUCGCUACCUGCCGUCCUUCAGCCCGCUGGCCGAGCCCCUGCCUUGCGAGGUUCACCUCCUGAACUUACGUACCCUGCAGAACAGGGACGAUGAUCCAACUGUGAGGUUCAAACCCAGGAAUGAGGCUGGUCUUCUACUACACAGCCUCGGACAUGACUGCAAAUUUCCCAACAAAGGACUACUGUGUCACUCAAAUGGGGGAAAGGUUGUGCUGGGAAAGCUCUUCAAGCAGAUUACUUUAGACAAGGUCACAGAGACGACAUUGACCUUGAUCAGAGAGAAAGAAGAAAUAGACAAAGCUGCAUCUAUAGAACUGAAGCCUAUGGAAAUUUAUACUUACAAACUAACCAUACACUGACACAUACUUACAAACUAACCAUACACUGACACAUGUAACACAUAGUCUAUUACAGCCAACCCUUAAGAUACAGUCAACUUGAACUUUGUUAGCUUUCUAGAUGUUAAAGAAAAUUUCGAUAUACAUUAAUUGGUUACUGUGAGUAUGAAAUGAGGUCCAAUACAAUAGAUUUGAUACCAGCUGAUCAUACUGUAAGACGGGAAAAUUUUCGUACCAAUUUUGUUUUUGUAACGAUUGAAAAGGUAGUUCGGUGUUCUGACACCCAGUGAUAUCCUCACUGUUAUUUCACCCUUGAACAAAUAGGGAAAAUAGAUCACAUAACCAAAGUAAUUUGUAAAACAGUGGGAGAGUGACUUCACCAAUGUCUGGGUGAAAGUGUUAGAAUUUAAUGGUAUAGUAAGGGUUAAUUUGGGGGGUAAGUCUUUAACAUAAAUUUGUAUCCAUUGCUUCAUUGCGAUGUCAUCUUGUGAUGAUUAAGAAGGGUGCCAUGUAGAUUCUAUUCAAUCAUGAUUUUAAUGUUUUGCUUCCACACUUCAUUGAUACAUUGCCAACUUUGGAUUUAUAUUUAUCUUUCCCCACCUUGGAGGUAAGACAGAAAAAUCCCAACUUAAGGGGUAAGAUUCCUAAAUGUCUAGCCCGAGGAUUUGCUGAGAGCCAGACAUUUAAGAAUCUUACCCCGAGGGUUGAGAUUUUUGGGUUUCUUGAUUUUCUGCUACUAUCAGAUCUGUAGAAAUGUUACAAAAUGUAAGUAAUAUGGUGACCUUGACCUUGGGAGUACUGUUUAGAGGUCUGUGUAACUGUUGUCAGUGAUAAACGUAUGACAGAUCUAGACUGAUAUUGAAGUCACCACAUGUGAAUUGACUCUAUAUAUGCUUUUUUGUUGUGUCGUUAUUUUUUUUGAGGUGUAGACUUGCUCAAGUAUUGAUUGCAGCCUGUGUAUUACAGAUUGCCUGAACAUAAAUUUUCAAAAAAUUACUUUUCAACUUGAUAUCUACAAAUAUCUUUGUUUUUCUGUUUCAAAUGAAUAUUUUGAAUUUCUACACAUAAAAUUUAAGGAAUGAAUUUGAUUUGUUUGGAAAAACUACAAGAUGAAAAUUUUGCUUAAACCUUUCAACCCAAGUAAAUUUGGUAGACUUUACCUUAUCUGGAUGACUCUUUUAUGGUCUAAAGUGAUAAGUAGUUAAGUUUUUGUUAAACUAAACAGGCUUUGAACAAUCUUGACUGAGUUUUAUCAGUAGGAUUACUUAGAACUAUGACCCCAGUCUGGCUCCUUGUUGUUCUUUAGGUUCAAAUUGGUGCCAUGACCAGGAUCGCAACAUGUAAAUACUUAAUACAUAAGAGGCAAUGGGUUUAUUACUUAUCCACUCAUCUGUGAUCAUUAUUGAUUUGUUUGCGCCUUAUUCAGGAAUGUUGAGAUGCAUAGCUAUUCUAAUAUUAUUCGUAUUAGGCAAAUGGAGAAAGAACUAAGACCCAUUUACCUGGCAACCAUGUCAUUUACCUGGUAUCCACGUCAUUUACCUGGUAACCAUGUAAUUUACCUGGUAACCUUGUCAUUUACCUGGUAACUGUAUCAUUUACCUGGUAACAACAUAGUUUACCUGGUAACAACAUAAUUUACCUGGUAACCACUUCAUUUACCUGGUAACCGCAUUAUUUACCUGGUAACCAUGUCAUUUACCUGGUAACCACAUCAUUUACCUGGUAACCACGUCAUUCAUCUGGUAACAACGUCAUUUACCUGGUAACCGUGUCAUUAACUUGGUAACCACGUUAAUUACCUGGUAACCAUGUAAUUUACCUGGUAACAACGUCAUUUACCUGGUAACCACAUCAUUUACCUGGUAACCAUGUCAUUUACCUGGUAACCGUGUCAGUUACCUGGUAACCACGUCAUUUACCUGGUAACCACGUCAUUCAUCUGGUAACAACGUCAUUUACCUGGUAACCGUGUCAUUUACCUGGUAACCACGUCAUUUACCUGGUAACCAUGUCAUUAACCUGGUAACCGUGUCAUUUACCUGGUAACCACAUCAUUUACCUGGUAACCAUGUCAUUUACCUGGUAACCGCAUCAUUUACCUGGUAACCAUGUCAUUUACCUGGUAACCACAUCAUUUACCUGGUAACCGUGUCAUUAACCUGGUAACCACGUCAUUUACCUGGUAACCGUGUCAUUAACCUGGUAACCACGUCAUUUACCUGGUAACCAUGUCAUUUACCUGGUAACAACGUCAUUUACCUGGUAACCACAUCAUUUACCUGGUAACCAUGUCAUUUACCUGGUAACCGCAUCAUUAAUUAUUAAGGAUGGGAAUCUAGAAAAUGCUCUUCAGAAAAAUGGCAACAUGCCAGGUACGUGUUCUUUAUCAAGGAUUGGAACAUGUACCUAAAAAUGUUCUGUAUAUCGGAACAUGUACCUAAAAAUGUUCUGUAUAUCGGAACAUGUACCUAAAAAUGUUCUCUAUAUCGAAACAUGUACCUAAAAAUGUUCUCUAUAUCGGAACAUGUACCUAAAAAUGUUCUCUAUAUCGGAACACGUACCUACAAAUGUUCUCUAUAUCGGAACAUGUACCUACAAAUGUUCUCUAUAUCGGAACAUGUACCUAAAAAGUUCUCUAUAUCGGAACACGUACCUACAAAUGUUCUCUAUAUCGGAACAUGUACCUACAAAUGUUCUCUAUAUCGGAACAUGUACCUAAAAAUGUUCUCUAUAUCGGAACACAACUUACAACAUGAGAACAUCAGAGUAACAGCUUACUGUCAGACAUAGCUGUUAACAUUCCAUAAAUGUAUCAACUACUGUAUUAGAUUUCUUUAUUUUAUAUAUAUUUUUCAUUAAGUUGAAAACCAAUAAAGUGUCUUCUUUGCAAUGAAAUGGGGUUGAAUAUUUCAAUGUUUAUGUGAUACAUUAUGUUGUAAAUAUGGAGUUUGGAAGUACAAUCAAGGAGGUUGAAUACAUGUAUAAUUUGUGACUCUGUUAAUUAAUAGAUUGUGGUGACCUGUUUUGUAAUUAAUAGAUUGUGAUGACCUGUAAUAUGGCGAAAUAUUUUUUCCUUAAUGAGAAUUGAUUUUCAAAUGUAUUUAAGGAAUAACCAGGAUUAUUUUGAGGGUUAUACAAAAUGUACCGGUAACGGCAAAACUGUGUGUGCUUUGCAUAGAUCUGCAAAGCGGUAUAUGCAUAAAAGUGCAGAGUUUCUUUCAGUAUUUACUGUUGAACCCAAAAUAUAAUUAUGGUUAUGGUCACAGAUGAAUAUUUAUUAAUUUCUGAUAUUAAUAAA